GUAUUUGCGUCCGUCUCUCUCCUCCCGACGGAACUCGACGACGCAGGAAGCCGGCCAUCCCUCCUAGCCAGGGGCAGCGCGGUCGGGCGGUGCGGUGCGGCAUCGCGGGCGCGCGCGGCGCGGCAUCGCAAGCGGCACAGCUGACCGGGCGGCGCAGCCUAGCGCGACUGGGCCGCGCGGCUAGGGCUUGGAGGCGCGCGGCACUGGUGCAGGGCAGGGGCGCGGCAGGAGCGUUGCGCGGCCGCGACGUACAGCAGGGGCACAGCACGCACGCCGGCAGCCAUGGAGCCGGAGGAUGGCGGUUCCGGAGACGACGACUUGGUGUGUAGAUUUUAAUCCUGAUGGUGAAGUUGUUGAUGAUGAAGAUGAAUAUGACCCUCCACCCUUCUCAUAUGAUGUUGAUAACCCGAACAUUGAUGUAAAUGUGGUGUUCCCAGAUGUGGAUCAGUGCAAGGCUGCAGUUACACAUCAUGCCAUUUUGAAUAAUCAUGCUUUCAAGAUUAAGCAAAAGGACCAGACUAGAUUUAGAGCCAUAUGCAAGAGAGCAAAUGAGGGUUGCAAGUGGCGGUUUUUUGCAUCUACAAGCAAAAAGUACAUUGGCUGUAAGGUUAAGACUAGUGGUCCAAAGCAUUCUUGUGGUUCAUUCAACAAUUGUGGUGAAACCAUGGCCAACAAUAAAUGGGUAGCUGAAAGAGUUGUUGAUUUGUUGCGAGAAGACCCUGAAAUGAGACCAAAGGAGUUGCAAGGUAGGCUCAAUAAGAAGUACUCGAUAGAAAUUCCAUAUUAUAGAGUUUUAAGAGGCAAGGAAAGGGCAAUGGACAUGAUAUAUGGCAAGUGGGAUGAUAGUUAUAACUUGUUGCCAACUUAUCAAGCUGAGCUUCUAAGAGUAGUACCCGGCAGCAUAGUUGACAUAGACACUGAAGAAGAUGACAAUGGUGAUUUGUGUUUCAGUAGGUUCUUUGUCACUCUUAAACCAUGCAUUGAUGGGUUCUUGGAAGGAUGUAGGCCCUACAUCGCCAUGGAUGCCACACACUUGACUGGAAGGGGGAGGGGUCAGUUAGCAGCAGCUGUUGCAGUGGAUGGUCAGAACAACCUAUUUCCAGUGGCUUAUGGUGUCAUUGAGACCGAGUCUAAGGAAAGCUAGACUUGGUUUGUGAAUAACUUAAAGAAGGCUAUUGGUACUCCUACAGGCUUGGUCAUUAGUACAGAUGCGGGCAAAGGAAUUGAGAAGGUUGUAGAUGAUGUGUACCCAGGAGUGGAACAUAGAGAAUGCAUGAGGCACUUGUGGAAGAACAUGAAGAAGAAUGGGUACGGUGAUGAGCUUUAUGGUAAGAAUAUGUGGGCAGCUGCCAAGAGCUUCACACAAGACAAGUUCAAGUACUUCAUGCGAAACAUAGAGGAGAAGGAUCCUAGUGCACUAUCCUGGUUAGAUGAAAAUCAUCCAUAUGUGUGGAGUAGAAGCCUAUUUGGGGAAGAAUGCAAGGUAGAUUACAUCAACAACAACCUCUCUGAAAGCUUCA